AUGCAAGUGCGUCAUCCAACGAUCGCAAUAAGCAUUCGGUCGUCUGACACUAACACUUACGCUUCGGAUGAAUUUAUGCCGUCAUUACAUGUUCCUCGUUGUAAAAAUCGUAAACUGACCAUUAUUUGUUUGAUUGUAAUUAUCCUUCUUGGUACUAGUCUGACAUAUCAAUCAUUUAUCCGUUAUUUUGACAGUAUAAAACAAUCACGUAUUUAUCUCGAAGAAAAACCAUUGAAAGGCAAUUCUACUUCUAUACAACGAGCUAUUCUAAUUUUCUAUCCGUCAACACAAGAAUCACAUUAUCUGCCUGAAGUACGAUGGUUAUAUCGAUCAUGGCUUGAAAUGAUGAAAGUCGAAUCAAAAGAAUGGCGAACGGAUUUCAUCAUCUAUACUGAAUAUUACUCUUCAUCAUUACAACAACUUGGAUGUGUUCUCAACGAAGUACGUAUGGAUGAUACUGAACCACCGCAAUGUCGAGUAUUUCCUUAUCUUCGUAUAUCCAAUCGUACGAUCAAUUCCAUAACUCAGCGGCAAACUGUUUUUGCCAGCUCCGGCAAAAGUGAAUUUUUUCAAAUCAAUACUGCACGUUCGAUCGAAUUGUAUCGUGAAAUGCAAAAGUAUGGAUAUAUUGAUUCAGUAAAUAUUAUCGCUGAAGCCUAUCCAACAUUUCAAUACUAUGAUUUUAUUCUAAAAACCGACAUCGAUGUAUUCAUAACAAAACAGUUUGCUAAAUAUACACCCGUGACAAAAAACACGUUUCUCGUUGGCCUAGGUGGUUACUCAACACAAUUCAAUACUCGCCGUCUAGGACGUGUCGCUCGAGAUAUGAACUGGCAUCAUCCAAACAUAACUAAUAUUGGUUCGACUUGGUACGGGCCACCAUACAUUGCACAACGUAUAGCGAACUUCACAUUAGACGCUAUGCUACAUUUGUAUAUAUACGAAUUUACUAAAGCCGAACAUGAACAAAAAGUGGGAACAAUCUUAUGGCCUGAUUGGCACUACGGUGUGCUAAGCAUGUAUGGUACACAUUUAGCUGUCAAUCAUUUAUUUGUUUCUGACAAAUUUGACAUAAAAAAAGCAGAUCAAUUACUGGAUCAAUCAACAACAAACAAAGAUCCAUUUGAUUUACAGAAAAACAAUCGUUUACAUUUACAUUGUUGGCAUACGGAACAGCCAUUUUCUAAGUUUGCAUUCAAAGAUGGACGAUACAACAAGAUUCAUCCGCGUACACUUUACAAUGAUACUUCCGCACAAGCUUAUGCCAUGCGAAUGGCAUUAGAAUCACGGUUAAUGACAGUCAACGAACUUGGACAACGCUUACAUGAUAUCGGUGAUGACAAAAUCGCGCAAAUCAAGCUUUAG